AUGGGGGACACGGCUCCCCCGCAAGCCCCGGCUCUCCUGGGCGGAGGAGGCGGCGGCGCGGCGGCGGCGGCGCCGAGGGUGCACAGCGCGAUCGUGGAGCGGCUGCGGGCGCGCAUCGCCGUCUGCCGCCAGCACCACCUGAACUGCGAGGGGCGCUACGAGCGCGGGCGGGCGGAGAGCUCGGACCGCGAGCGGGAGAGCACGCUGCAGCUCCUCAACCUCGUGCAGCACGGCCAGGCGGCGCGCAAGGGCGGCAAGCACGCCAAGGCGGCGGCGGCGGCGGCGGCCGCCAGCAAUAGCAGCAGCAGCGGCGGCGGCGGAGCCUCGGCGGCGGCGGCCCCCUCCGGCGCUGCAGCGCCCCCUCCGGCGGACUACUAUCAUCGUCAGCUGCUCAGCAACGGGACUGCUGGUGGCAGGAAUGGGAUCAACGGGGAGCAGCAGGGCCCGGCGGCGGCGGCGGGAGAGCAGAGGAACCCGGCUCUCGUGGCGCUUCAGGGUUCCUUGAAGAGAAAACUGGUGGUAAAUCUUUCGCCAGCCAUCAACAAGAGAUCCAACGGCAUUGUUGAUAGCCCCUUCCUUGACAUCAAGAGGGUCCGAGUGGGAGACAACAAUCUUUCUGCAGCACAAAGUGGACACUGUGGUAACAACUGCCCGAACCAAUCACUGUUGGGAAGUUUGACAGUCGGGCAAAGUUCUCAAAGGAAAGUCAGCAGCCCGACGAACAAUGCCCAUGCAAAUGCAAAUGGGAUGUUUAACAUGGCUCUAAAAGAAGUCAAGAAAGAACCAGGGGAAACCUUCUCUUGUAGCAAACAUCUGGAUAGUCAGCCAUCACAGGCUUUCCCUAACAGGUAUGGAGAAGACACAGGAGAACAACUGAUGGACCCAGAACUUCAGGAGCUGUUCAACGAACUGACUAAUAUUUCAGUGCCUCCCAUGAGCGAUCUUGAACUGGAGAAUAUGAUCAACGCAACUAUCAAGCAAGACGGACCGUUUAAUAUUGACCUUGGGCAGCAGGUCCAGAGAGCGCCCCCCGCCAGAUCUUCUUCACUGCAGAUGGACAAAAUGGUCAUCAAGCAAGAAUACUCCCCAGCUAUGAACCAAGGCUCUGUGGGAUCACCCCAGAUGAGACCUUCCUCCACGGGCCCAGCCUUCACGAUGUCCAGUGCUGCCUUGUCUGCCUCGUCACCAAUUCCUUCGACACCCCAGAAUCAGACACCUCCAUCUCAGAUGUCCUCAAUCUCCAACCGACCCAUGCCCAGCUGGCAAGAAGUUUCUCACGCCCAGCAACUGAAACAAAUAGCUGCCAACCGACAGCAGCAUGCCUUGAUUCAGCAAUGCCAGCAAAACCAGCCGUCCACCUGGCCCACGUUGCCAUCCACAGAACCUUCCCCUGGACCGUUUGUCCAGGAGAAGAUGCCGAACUCUCCUUUCCAUCAGCAGCAGUUCAGCUCACAAAGUCCUGGGAUGCCCGGAGUCCCAGUAAACGGGAAUCAGUCGAAGGGGAUGAACAGCUACAUCUACAGGGCGAACUCCGUGCCCCAGGGAAGCUCCAUCAACAUCGUAAUGCAACGGAAGGCUCAGGAGAUCAACCGAGGUUACAUGGGCAACACCCAGCUGCCGCUGGAAGAGUCUCAGACCAACAUAAAGCCCUUGUUCCAUUUUAACUCAGAGCAAUCCAACCAGCAGAUGCCUUCUGUUUUGGGCGCCCAGAACAAGCCUACCAUUCUGCACUAUACGCAGCAAGCGGCCCAACAGCAGCAGCCUAACUCAGCAGCUGUACAACCGCAGACGCAGCAGCAGCAACAGCAGCAACAGCAGCAACAAGCACUGCAGACGCAACAGCAGCAACAACCCGCCCAAACUGUCCAAAGCCAGCCUCUUCAAAGGCCCCCCAACGUACCCUUAGCUUUACAGCAAAAGAUAAUGCUCCAGAAGAUGCUGAAAAGUCAACCGAUUGAAGGAAUGCAGUAUCCUGUUCCACCACCACAUCAGCUGGAUCAGCACUCCGUCGUAGGCCAAAGCGCAGAGCCUAGUCCAGGAUCGGGUACUUGCUCCAAUCCAAACACUGGAAGCAGUUUCAUGAACUCACCUCAGCAGGCAUUGUUGAAUCAGCAACUGAAACAACAGCUCCUCCUGCAGCAUCAGCAGCAACAGCAGCAGCAGCAGCAGAUACUAACAGAAGCAAUAAACAAAGGGCAUCUAAAUGUCUUUGGCUUGAGCCGGGCCUCCAGGCACUCCGGAGGCAAAGCUUUGAGCCCCACAAUUCGCCAAAAGUUAAACUUCAUGUUGUAUCUUCCUUGCCAACAUUUAUGUCCUGCCCUUCUUGAAAAAAAAGCUCAAGGUGGAUCGCCUGCCAUGAGCAUCAGCGCCAGCAUGUGCUUUUCCAGCCCCGUUUCAACGCCCAGCAUCUCGCAGCAGGCUUCUACUCUUCUAGUCGCCGCUCACGGAGCCAGGAUCCCUUCUCAUCCGGCCGCUCGCCACAUGGGCUGCUACGGGAACAUUCCUUGCAGUCAACCGAGCGUGUACACCGUGACAACGUCCGGAGUGAGCCAGGUCCCACAGCACAGGAACCCAAACCAAAUAAUUCCCGGUCCAAACAGUUCUGCGGCGACUCGGCAAGCACUGCCAGGGCAAGGAAAUAACCUGUCGGCAUUUGAGAGUGGCUCUGGAAUUAGUUCCCAGCAAGGGAAACUCGGAUUUAACCCAGGGACCUCUGGGCAAAGACCUUUGAACGUGAUGGUCACCACUAGUUCUGCCGUUCAGAACUGGGUCUCUCAAGAAACAGGGGGGAAGCCGCAGGACACGCAGAAGGGAGUGGGAUCCCCUUUCCCCACAGGUAGCCCCUAUCCAAACCAGCCGCUCCAGCGUGCCGUCACCCACCAGCAGUUUCCGCAGCGUGCCGCAGUGCCUCCUAACCCCUUAGGUGCCGUCCAGAUGAGAACACCAGUGAACCAUAGUUUAAAUGGGCAGAUGGUGGGGUCUCAGAAAGCCCUGAGCACAAGAUCUACCCAGGUACGGGCGCAGGCCAUGCCGCACUUAAAUCCGCCCAGGGCAAGCGUGACACCCCCAAACCCUUUGCUGUCUAACCAUUUCCCGACUAGUACCAACCAAACCACAGCCAGAGCUUUCCAAGGAAGCGACCCUGCAAACGAUCUGGCAUUUGACUUUCUCAACCAGCAAGGUGACAACAUUGGGCCGGCGCUCAACAGUGACUCAGACUUCAUUGAUUCCUUGUUGAAAACAGAGCCAGGAAAUGACGACUGGAUGAAAGACAUCAACUUGGAUGAAAUCUUAGGCGGUCAUUCGUGAGCCAGAGGAGUGGACAAUGAUAAACUCCUAUAU